AGUAUGUUUCUUAGUAAAUUAUAAACUAUAAAAUAUGUGGCUUAUUUGCAUUAUGAUUCUGUGCAUUGGUGGGUGUACCUCCACUGAUAUCACAAGUAAAGUUUUUGGUGGCAUUGGUGAAGGAGUUAUUGCAGCUUUCGGUGAUUUUAACUCUGAUGAACUUACCGAUGUGUUCGUCAUACAAGAUUCGAUGCACAGACUCCAAAUUCUUUACGGUCAUGAUGCGGAACCAUUGCUUCAAAUCGGUCCCUAUUGUACCUAUCAGCAAAAAAUAAUUGGUGUUGUGCCAGGCGAUUUCGAUGGGGAUGCUUUAAUGGACGUCAUGGUUACAUUACGUGAUGAAAAUAGUAAUGUGUUUUGGAUGCACAUCAAUUGGGGCAAUGGUUCAGAGCUUACCUGCUCAGAAAAAGCUAUCGCAUCCACUAUGGGUGAACCGUUAGCCAUGGACUUUAAUCGCGACAUGAUUAUUGAUUUAUACGGCUUAGACAGAGACGGCGUACGAACUUUCUGGAUUUUUAACCACGUACGAGAUACGCCAAAAGUUGUACAUCAAGCGAAGCGAACGAGCGGUCGAUUGACCCUGCCCAAUGCAAACGCUUAUCUUGACUUGAAUGGUGAUUAUGCUGCUGAUCUUUUUUUGCAAACGGAAAAGUUUUAUGAAAUCUGGCUCGGGGCAAACGAUUCGGUAACUGAAAAGAGUUUCACCUACGAUCAUUCUAUUAGUUUUGAAGCUAUUGGUGGUCAUGAUUUCAUUGUAGGGCAAGCUGUGUUCAUGGAUUUCGAGUUGAAAGGUGUUCAAAACAUAGUAUUACCAUUCUGCAUACAUAAGGACUGCACAAAUUCAACUAUAUUAGUACACAAUGGCCAGGACUUCCUUGAUGUACAUGUCAAUUUUAAAGACCCACAGGGCGUAAGCUGGGGCUUUGUACCACCUAUUUCUGAAGAUGUUUACUUAAAAGCUAUAACUGCGCGAAGUGGCGACUUUAAUAUGGAUGGCUAUCCAGAUCUUUUAGUCACAUUGCAGCCAAUUAAUGCACCCAACUAUGUUAUGAAGACAUUUUUGCUUGAAAAUGUAGUUUGUAAAACAUGCAACAAGCCACUUAAACGUACUUUUGAAGUGCGUUGGAAUGCAUUAAAUCCCUUGGGUAAUAAUACUGUAGCGGGAGCAUUCUAUGACUUUUAUCAAGACGGUGUUCUUGAUGUCAUAUUAAUCCAAAAGAUCAAGGAAGGCCAUUACCGACCCCUGGCCUUUCGUAAUACACUCGACUAUGAUGCCAAUUUUGUCAAAGUUAUUGUGUUGACUGGCCUAGACAAUGCAAAAAAUCCAACGUUGCGCACCCCACUAGGUCGCAAAAAGCGUACAUAUGGCAGUAAUUUGCCGGGGCCCCGUAUUACAUAUUCGACGACCACCCAAGACGGUGCCCAACAAACUGGAUCGAGCGUUCAGCUUCCGCAGUCUUCUUACUUUGCUUUGCAGCUCCCUUAUACCAUUUUUGGGCUGGGUCGCACACCCAAUUUUGUGGAUCAAUUAGUUGUAGGCUUGGGCAGCAAGUUUCGGUCGUGGACACAGCUUAUUCCGAAUUCACAGAUAAUAGUGGUACCGAAACCAUUAACGCAACCGCAACACUGGAAGGCACAACUUUUUGUCACGCCAAGCAAGUUAAUUGUUAUGAGCGUCAUAGCUCUGGGCGGAACGUGCUUGGUUAUUUUGUUCAUAAUUGUUAUUUUAUUUAUCAAAGAAAAGCGUGAAGACAAACAAGAAAAAUUGCAAGAAGCUCACCGAUUUCAUUUCGAUGCUAUGUAAGAAGAAAAUUAGUUUUAAUUUUGUUUUAGGAUAUUGUGAUGUCAUUAUUUUUACUUUAAUUAUAUACGUCAUAAGAGUGUAGAAUAUGUAAUCAAAUCUAGAAGUUGUGAUAUAAUAAAUGCGAAAUAAAUUAACUACUUACA